AUGUCGAUUCAACUACCGCCCGAUGACGGCGCGGUGACCUCCAAUGGGCCCGUCGCCGGCGCAGAACCAGGCUCCGGAGUAGUGUCCAACUCCACCGGGGCCAAAAAGCUGGCGCCGCCCGAGAAGCCGUCCGACGUCCGCCGACGAAGCCACAUCAUCCUCUCGUUCUGGCUGAUCGUGCUCUGUCUUGGCUUGCCGAUAUGGUGGAAAACCACAACAAUUUAUCGGGCUGAUUUGCCUUUACAGGAGAUGCUCGAUUGGUCUGAUGGAAAGGCAUGCCGUCCCGUUUUCCCGCUCCGCAUCUCGAUCCAAGCGAACGCGCUUCAAGAGCAAGAAGCCCAGAACCUCCUCCGACUCACCCAACACGCUCUCGACGACCUCAAUGAUUUCUCGGGCCACCACCUUCGGUUACAGCUCGCACCGCCAUCCACCACCGAACAUGCAGGGUCUGAGAGCGUGCUGACGCUCCGGCUCGUGCCCGGCGACACAACCACGACCAAGUUCGACCCGCAUCAGCCGAUCCUCGAUAUCACGUACCCACCGAACGCCAUCCCGUCUCCUACCUCGUCGUCUUCUGCCCUCGCCACAUACGUAGCCGGCCAACUUCGAGCGACGUUUGCUGAAGAGCAGGCCACGAUUUCAUACCUACUAUCGACCAAUUCGAUCCCGCCUGAUCACCGCGCUCAAGGGCUCUCAUCCGAUGUAUCCGACUCGCUUGCGAAGCGGACGACCCGCUCGCUGAAAUAUGCGCCUACAUACCACUUGACCUUUUCGUUGUUCACCAGCGGACCGCUGCCGAGCGACUGGGACAUUGACGGAGCGAUCGGAGCGUACAUGAAACCGGUGCUCGAUGUGUUGUCUCCCAUCCACAACUUUACCAUUGACACACAAGUCCAGCUGUAUGCCACACCGGGGGUCCAGAACCAAGUGCUGAACAAAGAGGAUCUCUCAUCUUUCAUCAACGCCGCGGAGUGGCCGCUUUCGCCUUCUAUCGGAGGUGCCCCAACUGUCAACUUCAUCGUUUUCAUCGGUAACCAAACAAUCGCCACAUCAUCCCAAGACCCCAUUGACGGUGACACUGGGUCACCGGCCGCCGCCUCCCACUCCUGGCUGAUCCCGCAAUGGGGCACUAUUUACCUCCUACCCCUAUCUCAUGACACAACUCACCUCUCGGCCGAGGCUCUCAAGCAACCCCUCCUCACCUUCACCUCCCAUCUUCUGUCUCUAACUGGCACACCGCAAUCGGGCUCUCUCCCACUGCGCUUGUCCACACUCUCGCGCAUCCGUUCCGCCGACCUUCUCCUGCGUGCCUCCUCCACGCUCGGAUCCCUCGCCCGCUUGGCUCUCGCCCUCCCGUCCAUUUCCAUUCCGAGCCGUGUUGCCGAAGGCGUCUCGAAAACAAUGCACCAUUUACGUCUCGCAUGUGAUACGCUGGGCGGGCUAGAAGGGCUUGCGCACGCACGCAUUGCGGAGGCGGAGGCAGAAAGGGCGUUUUUCGAGAAGAGUAUGGUGGGGCAGUUGUAUUUUCCUGACGAGCACAAGAUCGCGGUAUAUCUCCCGCUCUUGGGGCCGGUGGCAGUGCCAUUGGUCAUGGGGCUUUUGAAUGAGAUCAAAGCGUGGAGGAAAAGGAGGAGCGAGAGGGCGGAGGUGGGAGAGGGGAAGAAGAAGGAGUAA